AUGGUUGCUGAGCUUGGACAGUAUGUUCAUGCAAUUGGGACGGAUUCCAACAAUUCGAUGGAACAGCAAAGUAUUGAAGCGAUCUACAUUGAACCUACAUACGGACAACGUACAGGGCACCGCGUGCUCAACUUGAAUACUAAGAAGAUGAUUUCUCGACCCAAGGUUGUCGUACUACCCGUUACUGAUCAAGUGAUCCAGCGUGUUGAAGCUUGGGCUGCUGCCGAAGGUGUUACUUCCAGGAAGUUCUUUGUUGAGAAGAGACACUUGGAGACAUUUCAAGAUGGCAAUCAAAUCGCAGGAGUGGAUGACACGGAACAAGGUUACUUAGAGGAAACCUUUGAUCAGGACUAUGAACCUGAAGAAGAAGAUGAACGUGAUUUCAACCUACGUGGACAAUUUGAUGAUAUCAAUGACUCCGAAAGAAAUGAGCUCUUGGCAGAUGCAGACAAUGAUGUCGAUGAUAUGCCGGAACUCACUGUCAUAUUCCAAGGGGAUGAUGACUAUGAAUCAGAUGAUUUGGGUGAUGAAGGCGAUGAAGAGGAAGAACCUAUUGUGGCCGAUUUGGAUCACCAUCAAGAAAAUGUCGAUAGAGGAACCGAUGAUAUUGGGAGCCACGUUACUGAUCUGGAGGAUCUACAAGAACCGCCAGAAGAAGAGAUUGUAUUUGAGCCUGAAGCGCCUCAAGUAGCAAAGGUCACUCGAUCUGGGCAAACGUAUGCGCAAGCUACAAUGUCAGGGCUGAACCUUUCUCAGGUUCCAAAGAAACCAAGAGAAUGGCCUUCGAGCAGGAGUGGCAGUUCUGCCAAUAAGAACAAAAAUC